AGCGGCGGGCGCGACCAGGCGCUAGGACUGCCCCGCUCGCCCGCGGACGCCGGGCCGAGCCGGGUGAGCCGGCCCCGCCGCGCCGGCAGGGGGCGGGGAGAUGAGCGGCGGCCCCGCGGCAGCGCCCCAGCAUGGGCACGGACGUCCGGCACUGCCAUCGGGAACUGGGGCUCCUGUGAAGUAGGAGCCGCCGCCGCCGCCGCCGCUGCCGCCGACCGCCUGCCUGCCUGCCCCGAGCCGAUCCGCUCCGCCUCGGCCAUGGCCGGGUCGGGCGCGUGGAAGCGCUUCAAGUCGCUGCUGCGGAGGCAGGAUGCGCCGCUCUUUCUCAAUGACACCAGCGCCUUCGACUUCUCCGACGAGACGGCCGACGAGGGGCUCUCGCGCUUUAACAAACUUCGGGUGGUGGUGGCCGACGACGGGUCGGAAGCCCCGGAAAGGCCUGUUAACGGGGUGCACCCGGCCCUGCAGGCCGACGACGAUUCCUUGCUGGACCAGGACCUGUCCCUGGCCAACAGCCAGCUGAGCUUGAAGGUGGACCCCUGCGACAACUGCAGCCGACAGCGAGAGUUGCUCAAGCAGAGGAAGGUGAAAACCCGCCUGACCGUCGCGGCGCUCCUGUACUUGCUGUUCAUGAUCGGGGAACUUGUAGGUGGGUACAUUGCGAACAGCCUAGCAAUCAUGACAGAUGCACUUCAUAUGUUAACUGACCUAAGUGCCAUCAUACUGACCCUGCUUGCUUUGUGGCUCUCUUCAAAAUCACCAACCAAAAGAUUCACCUUUGGAUUUCAUCGCUUGGAGGUUUUGUCAGCCAUGAUUAGUGUGCUGUUGGUGUAUAUACUUAUGGGAUUCCUCCUGUAUGAAGCUGUCCAAAGAACUAUUCAUAUGCAAUAUGAAAUAAAUGGAGAUAUAAUGCUCAUUACUGCAGCUAUUGGAGUUGCAGUUAACAUAAUAAUGGGGUUUCUGUUGAAACAGUCUGGUCACCAUCAUGCCCAUUCCCACUCCUUGCCUUCAAGUUCUUCUGCCAUAAGUUCUAGGUGUGGACACAGUCAGGAUAGCCUAGCAGUGAGAGCUGCAUUUGUACAUGCCUUGGGGGAUUUGGUACAGAGUGUUGGUGUGCUAAUAGCUGCCUACAUUAUACGAUUCAAGCCAGAGUACAAGAUUGCUGAUCCCAUCUGUACCUAUGUAUUUUCGUUACUUGUGGCUUUUACAACAUUUCGCAUCAUAUGGGACACCGUGGUUAUAAUACUAGAAGGUGUACCAAGCCACUUGAAUAUAGACUAUAUCAAAGAAAGCUUGAUGAAAAUCGAAGACGUAUAUUCAGUGGAAGACUUAAAUAUCUGGUCUCUCACUUCAGGAAAACCUACUGCCAUAGUACACCUACAGCUAAUUCCUGGAAGUUCACCUAAGUGGGAGGAAGUACAGUUCAAAGCCAAGCAUUUAUUAUUGAACACAUUUGGCAUGUAUAAAUGUACUAUUCAGCUUCAGAGUUACAGGCAAGAAGUGGACAGAAUUUGUGCAAACUGUCAGAAUUCCUGUCCGUAAUUCUAUGUUUGGGGGACUACUGCCUUGUAUAUCCUGCAGUCAUUGAGAGCAAUAAAUGCAAACCUAAAUGAGAAGAUGGAAUUCCUGACAGCUGUAUCCAUGUAAGCACUAGUCUCUCAAAAGUCACUCCAACCUGACCAUGCUAGUUUCAGUAAAAUAAGACUUCAUCAUGAUUGUCAGUUGAAGAUGUUUCCAAAAUAAUGUUUACAGAAUGAUAUGUGAUGCUACAGAUACCUCAAAGAAGACAAUCCAAGACCAUACAUAACUUCAUUUUGACAGAGUAUAUGUCUUAAAGGAAGCAUAAAGAGAAACCAGUAUUUGCAUUCAAAUUACUUUUUAAAAUCCAUUUUGUAUUAAGCCAGUGCUGGAAAACUGAAAUUUUUAUUAUGUAAUCUUGACACCCAACUUCUGGACUUUGACACCCAGCUCUCUUUUUACAAAAUUUCUCAACAGAUUUCAGAUUUCAAAAACUAAUGGUAAUUACCCAGAGUCUGGAAUAAGCAUGUAUUCCUUCGGGUUUCAGAAACGUUUCAUUUCAGAAAUAAGUCUUAAUGUUAUAGCUAUACUAUAUAACUUUUCCAGAUGUUACAGGGUUUUCAAAUCUCAAAGUUGUGGUUUUGGUUAUUUGUAAUCUUAUCAGAACCAAAUCUUUAUAUAUUAUCAUCACUGUCACUAAAUUAUGUAGGAAAUAUUUUCAGUUUUUUUGAAUGGCAGAAGUUAGUCUCAAAAUGCUAUAAUUUAAGUAUAGAUAAUUUUUUUUAAAAUAUGAGGAUGGGGUUUGGAGUUUCAUAAUUAGUCUUCCUGAAACCACUUUUACUGGUCACGGUCUUAAGUAUAGUUGGAAACUGCAAAAUGUGAGCAUUGAUUGAUCUGUCCUUUGAAGAACUGCCUUAUACAGUGCUCAGAAAGUUUGAUUGCUACCUUGCUUUCUGCCUCUAUUCUAGUUAAUUUGUGUGUGACUGUUUAAUUUGUGCAAAAGUCUGGAGAGCUAAAAUUCAGUUUGUGAAUAGCCACCUCAGACAUGUAUAUUCCUCCAAAGAGAAUUUUGUAAUGAUAAUGGGUUAAAAAUUCCCCAUGAACUCCAGAAAACACUAAGCUAUAAUUAUGAAGUUCUCCAGUAGUACCGUAGCAGAAAUGCUCAAAGGAACUGGGAAAACUAUUACUCUGAGAAAACAAAAGUUUCAAGGCUUUUUGAUGGCUGUGGGUUUGUAUGCAUUUUUAAGCAUUUGAAGGACAUUGAGGCUAAACAUAAAUUUCCAAACCAAAGGCAACCUAAUUGGUAAUUGUUAUGUUAAAGAGGCAACUGUAAGUACUCAUGUUUCAUUUUGCAGCUAUUGGUUUUGAGAUUUUCUUUAUCCAUAUUAAAUCUGUUUUCCACAGAUACAAUUUCUUAUACCAAGAAUGGCUGAUUCUUGUCUACUUAGAGAAUCAGAAUAGAUUAACGACAGAUUAACAGAAAAGCUUUGAAUUAAAAUCCUAGAUAGACACGAAGAUGAUUUUUAAUAUAAAAGAAAAAACAGCAAAAACAUUCUAUCAGUACUUACUGUAGGUAAACCUAAGAUAAAAACUGGAUUUAACUAAAAAAAAAAUCGUUUAACAGUUGACAAGGGCUAAUGAUUCCAAAUAAAAAUUUUGUUGAUUUGAAAGUUCAUUUUAUGGGAUUUUAAUUUUGAAUCUAUUUAAAUAAAGAUUUAAAGUUUUCAGCAAUACCAGGAGUAUAUAAACUGUUCUAAUCAAAAUAUUCUUAAAUAUGAAAGGCAAGUAAAAGUGAGACAUUUAGUAGAUAUCUGAGCUGUCAUAGACUUUGGCUACCUAGUAAGAACAAGAAAAAUGCAUUAUAUGUUCAUGAGUUUUACCAUUAUUUGCAGUUGAGGUUCCUGUCUACUGAACUUAUUUCUUAUAAACUUUCUUUUUAUUUAUGUAUAUAUGACUUUUCAUAUUAAUCUGUUUCUUGAAAAUUUGUGAUAAAAGUAAAAAAUCUACUUGAGGACAGAAAGGGAUCCUUUUGUCAUAGCAGAAACACUGAGGAUUUUUGAAAAUCAAAAUUUGUGAAUUUUGUAUUCUGCUAAGAAUGAGGUACAGCUGAAGAGUCCUGUGCUUUUUUUUUUUUUUCAAGAACUACAGAUUUUGUACUUGUAUGUUACUGGGUUUAAGAGGUUUAAGAAUUAACAGAUUUAACUUUUCGUAACUUGACAAAACCCACAGAGAAGGAUGUGACGUUGGCAUCUAUAACCAGAGACUGCACCCUCUGAUACAGAACCUCGAGUCUAUCCUUCACCUGCUGAGCCCAGCCAACUCUAAGAAAGAAGUCUCCGUGUCCUGGAGAAAGCAGUGGCUGUGUUUGUGUAAACACAGAGCAUUAUUUUGCACUGGGAAAAGAAAUCACACUGGAACAACAGAUCACAAUGCAAAAAAAAAAGGGGGGGGAACUGGGCAGUUAAUCAGUGGGAUGUAUUUUAAUAAACAUUUGCAAAUAAUCUGUGUGUAUUGUGUUUAUAAAUCUCUUUCACAACUCUCACCAGUUGUAGCCUUUUGAUGAUUAUUUAUUUUGGAAAAAUGCCUAUGGUUUCAUUAAUAAUAACGUUGCCUUAUGUAGACAAUAAAGGGAAUAUAGUUGCAUGAAGUUUAUUUCAGAGAACCUUGAAAUGCAGAACUCGAAGCAAUUGUAAUUCCUACUUUUUCCAUUAAUUAUUCCUUGUGUAAUGUUAACCCAGAUUUUCACAACUUAGAGUUCCCAUGAGUAUUGCUUGCCAAAUCAUUAAGCUGCUUAUUUUGCUACUUCGUCUUCACUUAAGGUGCUGUAUUUUCAUUUUCUAAAACCAGAUUUCCUGCUUUUGGGGUCUCAGUGAUCUGGUUCUGUAUCUUGAACCUAGAUGCCAUCCCUGAUAGAGUAUUUUCUUUAGCAGUCUUCUGAGAAAUGGACACAAGCAAGAUCAGAUAUGUGAACUUCCCUUUUGUUUCAAUGUGGGGAAAAUCAUCUUUUAAAGAUAAUAUGGUUUAGAAAUGUGUUUCUAGAUAGGGAGAAAUCUUUAAUAGCUGGUUACUCCUGUUUUAUUCUUUACACACAGAACUUUAUAGAAUAAGUAUAAUAAAUGGAAACAGACUGUCCUGUGCAGCCAGGAUUCAAGAUCCUUGCCCAUGAGACUGGAUUGAGUUUCUCAAACAACCACUGUCACUACCUGAGAAGCAUAGUUCUGAAACUCAACUAAAUUUAUUUUCUUUAUAUUGCUUCACUAUAAUGUUUUCUCAGAAUUUGAGCCCCUGUAGAGUAAGAUUUUAGGCUGUUUCAUCAUAGAUGUUACUUUAUAGUUUUUUAAAAAGUCACAGAAUGUGUUCCUGAAUUUGACUAGCUUGUUUGGCUCAAUUUAUCUUUGGCCUGAGCAUAGCAAUGAGCCAGUUGGUAUUAGUCACAAGUGAAUAACGACACCUCAGGAUAUGCUGUGUUGAGGGAAGGUAAAUCCGAACUCUUUAACUACAGGUCUGUCAUGUGAAGCCCAUGAGACAAGGCUUUAGAGUUGUCCGACAGAUCAUCAGUCAGAUGCUUUUUGUGACAUUGGUAGGAGCAGGCAAAUUGGGGAGAUUUUCAGUAUUGUGUGUGUGCACUUGUUGACAACUGGCUUAAUUUAUCUUUCCAAUCAUGUUGUGUGGACCAACAAGUAUUUCCUGAUAUCUGGUAAGAUUUAAAACAUUUAUGAAAACUUUCCCAGUUAAAUCUAUGAUUGUCAAUAUUCUAUGUGCAAUUCUGAAAUAACUGCAAUACAAAACAAAUGUAUCAGUAUGUCAGUUUUGCACCUAAAUGAGUAUAUUUGGAAAGCAUAUACUCCUCUAAAUGUAUUUUAUUAAGUAAGCCAUAUCACAGUUUAAAAACUUGUAUAUACUUUACCAUAUGGUCCUUCAGAAACCAGAUAUUUUGCAUAAAAUUGAUUUUAGAAAGAUUCUGUAGUUGGAUUUUGUCCUUGUAAUUUAAGCUCAAAGUAUAUUUACUGUAUUUGCAAUUUUCAAAAUGUAAUUUCCUAUACAUUUAUUAAAUAUUGUUUGCUGUGUUUUAUUAAAAAAUGAAAAUGUA